AUGGCGAAGGCUGAGGAGGACGAUUUGCAGCGGAUUGGUUCUAAUUGUGUACACGACGAAAGGGAUGCUGGGGCAUUACUUCGACAUGACUUCUCAAAACAUCUUUCGGACUUUCUCUUUUACUUUUUCUUGGCGUCGGGUCAUUCUGCUACUGGAUUUCACCGUUACGCCUAUAGGUAAUUGUGGAGAUUUCCUUUGAAACUUAGAAAUCAUAUUCAGCAGAAAGACAAAAAGAAUUUAAUCAUUUUUUCACAGAGAUAAGCUUCAAAAUCAACGAAUAUCAGAAAGGCAAAGGCGACAAAGAGCAAAAUAAUUUUUUUGUUUAUUUUGAUUGAAAAAAGAAACAAAGUUUUUUAACUUGUCGUAACUCGCUUCAGGUCGGGCGCAUCAGGAAGAUCGAAGUAGUGAUACGACUAUAUUUUUGGUUUAAUUUACUAAGUUUGAGGUAAACAUUGAAUCUAGCCCAUGAAAGUGGAGUCAAGAUGAAUUUUCAAAAAGUUUCUCUAUGAAGGAGCGAAAAGAAAAAAAUACUUUAUGCGAAUUGGGUACAAAAAGUUGGGUUUCGAAACUUUAAUAUUUAUUUUUUUAAUUAUUUCAGAACUAAAGUGGAAAUAUUUGAAUUUCAAGUUUUGCAACGCUUUCUUAAUAGUUUGGACUGGAAAAGUUCGGUGGGAUAUUGUCUCCUUCGAAUUCAUAAAGAAAUUUCCCCGUAUACUCAAGUCACAAUCUUUAAAGACUUUAUUUAAAGUUUGCCCAUAAGCGAUGAUGAAUUGGUGAUAAAUUGUUGGAUCAGGCCGCUAAUCUGAUUAAUUUGUGCAAAAUGCAGCCGUUAUCAGUUCCUGAACAGCCCGGGAACAACUGCAAUGAUGCGUUUUUGGCUCUUCUUCGGUUCGUUUUUUUCGUUUUAUAAAUUCUAUAACAAAUCUGGAGUUUAUUGUUGCUGUUUUAUAAAAACGGCAAUAUAAGUUGUUUUUUAGGAAAUUUUUUAAUUUUCGUAGUUUUCAAUUUCCCGAUUCAAGUAUCGAUCUUGAAAACUGUAUAUUUUUUGAUGUAUUUUCCCUCUUUAGUAUUCUUCUUUAAAAUAAUUGAAAUAAAAAAAUUUCAAAGCAAUCAUGAUAAAAAAAGGAAGUUUAUAGACAUUUUUUUGGGUUGAAUUUUUCCUGUGUAUGAAUGAAAAAUACGAUUAGGUGUUUAUCCUUAAUUUACCGAUUCAGGACUACUUUCUGUGGCUCAAGCAGAUGACCUUUUCAACGUCGUCGAGCCGUUCGCCCCGCCCCCAGCUUUAGCCGCUGGCUCGCAGACCUGCAUCUCUCAGAAACUCUACUCCUGUCAGGUUGGUGACGUCAUAAGUGAUUUUUUUUUUUCUAUUAUGAUGUCACUAAGUUUUUAUUGGAGCGAGUGUGAUUUAUAUGAACAGUUUUCAUAAAAAGCUGUUUAACAGAAAAUAAAACUCGACACGAAUAUCUUCAAGCUCUUUCGAGCCUUUGAAUAUUUCAAAUCGUUUCAAAUUGGUUGUGAGGUUAUUUUGUACGAAUCUGAUUCUCAACAGAUAGUCAUUCCAAAAAAAAAAUUUACCGAUUCAGGCAGCUUUCAACCGAAAUCUCAAUGUGACGAGCGACUCUUCGGAUUGGUCGAAUCCCAGUACCCUCAUCUACAUUCUCCGCUCCUAUUACACAAAAGUGAAACGGGAUAUAUUUGCCAAAAAAAAGAUUAUUUCUCAGUCGGUCGAUGGUUUUCUGUCGGUUUGCAACGCUCGGCAGCAGUUCGCCGCCUGUCUCGGAGAUCAAUAUGACGCGUGUAUGUCUCAGGUGAUAAACCUUUACUUUGAAUAAUUUUAUAUAAAUUGAGAGAUAUGGAAAUAACAAAAAUGGGAGAAAAUCCAGACUCGCUUCAUUCGGGACGGCGAGACUCCAAGCAACGCCUACACCUACGUUCAAAUCUUCAAAACGAUCGAGUUCGAUUGCGACGGCGGCUUCGUUCGUGAGUUGUUUGAGGGAUCGCUUUAGUGAUGUGGAAGUGGUUUCUGAGGAAAAACAGAUCACUUAAGAGAUGAUCAACUUCGAGCUUAAUAGAACAAUAUUAAAAGACCCUUUUGUUGGGUGUAUCAACGUUCACCGGCUGAAAAACUACUCCAUAUUUAUUUUUCAAAUAAUCGACGAACAUUAUAUAUUAUUAUAUAUAUUUAUUUCAUUCACAAAAGGAAAUAGUCAUUGACAAAUUGAGAGAUGGCAUAAAAAAACUGAGGUGAAUGGAAUAAGAUAAAACCCGAUAUUUACAGCACCCCAACGAGUGCAGUAACCGCAACAAUGAUUCAAAUUCAUUAUAUUUUUUUAAAAACCAACACAUUUUUUUGCACAAAUUUGUAUUAAUCGUUCCAGGACCUUUUUUCUGCUAACUUUCCGACCCUUCAAGCUUUGAAACGAGAUAGCGACUAACUGAGUAUGAAAUUAAAUUAUAUAAAUGAACCUCACGAGGAAAAAUGCCAGAAAAGGUUAUUUCACUGCUUGAAAUUCCAGAGUCGGUCCAGCACUGGCCCUGCAUCAUCGCCGUCCUUCUGAACAACGUCGAUUACUUCAACCAAUGCGCCACGACUUUCAAUCAGGAAUCCCAAGUGAUCUCCAUAUUCUCAGUUGGAUCAAGCUCUGGAGGUUCAGGACCCUUCGAAAGUGUGCUCAGCGUCUUACAAAUUCGAAAACUGCAUGCAAAAGCCUUACAUGAGGACUUGUGGUCCAGAGGUUCUUUUCAACGUUUUUCCUUGCUUUCAAAGAACAUUUUGCAGACAGCCUGGUGGGAAUGUGAGCGAGUUCGACGAUCGCUGGAGAUUGACCAAAAAUGCCCCGGAAGUACUUGUGAUUAUGUCGCUUCUGCAUCGGCUGCCAAUGGAAAACUUCCAGUUGGUGAAAAAGUCAAAUCGGUCUUCUUUAUGGAACAUGGUAAGUAGAUAACAAGAUGAAAUCAAGUUUAUAUUUGAAAUAAUUUAGGGAAAUCCGGCGUUCUCCGAGAGCUGGCCGCAAAGAACCGACAGUAA